CUGAUAGAUAUGAUACACCACCACAUAUAUAAAUGAGAAAAUUCUGCUUACGAUAGGCACAUAUUUACACAUAGUUAUAUUCCUGUAAUUAUGACAACGGAAAAGAUGGUACAACAAACACCCAACACCGAAGCCUUCGUAGAUGCCGAGCUUGCAGCUUUCCAAAAGGAGGUUGCAGAGGUGGAUUCUUGGAUGAAGCAGGAACGUUUCAGCUCGAUCAAGCGUCCUUACAGUGCCGAGCAUGUCGUAAAUCUACGAGGCACCGUGACAGGUGAGUAUCUCGCUGAUAAGCAAGCAAAAAAAAUGUGGGGUAUUCUCCAGGACAAUAGAUCUAAAGGUGAGACCUCAUGGACUUUUGGAGCCCUAGACCCAGUUCAGGUUGUACAGAUGGCGAAGUACCUCGACACUGUGUAUGUAUCUGGUUGGCAAUGUUCCUCUACGGCCUCAUCUAGCAAUGAGCCUGGACCCGAUUUGGCCGAUUACCCUAUGGACACUGUUCCCAAGAAGGUGGAUCAUCUAUUUAAAGCUCAGCUUUUCCACGAUCGCAAGCAGCGUGCCGCCCGUGCUAAAAUGACCAAGGAGGAGAGAAUCGCCACUCCUUAUGUUGACUACUUGCGUCCUAUUAUCGCUGACGCUGAUACUGGACAUGGUGGGUUCACGGCUGUCAUGAAGCUGGCAAAGAUGUUUGUUGAGUACGGUGCCGCUGGUAUCCAUCUAGAGGAUCAGGCUGCCGGAACAAAGAAAUGUGGACAUAUGGGUGGCAAAGUAUUGGUUCCCAUCCAAGAGCACCAGAACCGCUUGAUUGCUGCUCGUCUGCAAUUCGAUAUUAUGGGUGUGCAGUGUAUUGUUGUUGGACGUACUGAUUCUGAGGCGGCAACUCUGUUGACCUCGAAUAUUGAUAAGCGAGACCACUGUUUCAUUCUUGGAGCCACUAAUUCAGCUGUGGGAACGUUGAACGAGGAGGUCAACGGCAUGAAGCUUUCUGGUAAAUCCGCUGCCGAGAUUUCUGCAUUCACUGAUCAGUGGAACAAGGAUGCCGGUAUUAAGACCUACGGGCAGGCCGUGCACGAUCACUUGGUAGCCAAGGGGCAGGCCGAGGAUGCUGGUGCUUGGUUGAAGGAGUCUAAAGGUCUAUCUAUUAAGGACGCUCGAAGCAGGGCUACCAACCUCCUAGGCGAGGAUAUCUUCUUCGACUGGGAUGCACCCCGUACUGCUGAAGGUUUCUACCGCGUUGACGGCGGCACAGAGUACGCCACAUACAGAUCACAAUAUUUCGGCGAAUACGCUGACAUCUGCUGGAUGGAGUCCGCUCGCCCGGACUACAAGCAGGCGAAGUACUGGGCUGAGGGUGUAUUGUCUGUUCACCCCAAGAAGUGUUUGACAUACAAUCUAUCACCAUCAUUCAACUGGGACGCAGCUGGCAUGUCGGACGCCGAGAUUGGAUCACUCAUCAAGGAACUUGGCAAGCUCGGAAUCUGCUGGCAGUUCAUAACCCUCGCCGGUUUCCAUCUGAAUGCACUCGCCGCAGAUAACUUUGCAAAAGCAUACUCUGAGCAAGGAAUGAUUGGAUACGUACAGGGUAUUCAGAGACAAGAGAGAGAAAACAAGGUUGAGACUCUUACGCAUCAGCAGUGGUCAGGAGCUAUGCUCGUGGAUCAGCAAUUGCAAACUGUAAUGGGUGGUGUAUCAACCACAACCAUUAUGUCUGCAGGUGUUACUGAAAAUGAUUUUUAAAAUCUAAAAUACAACACGAGUCGUCGAGUGCUAUCACAGCGACCCAUGUAGUUCAAUCAGGGGCACGAGUGAGCCGUAUUUAUAGAGACUUGAUAUUAAAAAAAUUAUAGUAGUUAUCUGUCAAUUUUCAGUUGUAUAAUAUAUACUUUUUCUCUCAUAAUACAAUUCAGAUGAGGAACAAUGCACUUUUAUACAAAAGAAUAACGGCCCCGUGUACAGG